GUAACUGGAGCCACCAGUACAGGUGGGAACACCUCUCCCCUGAACCUGUGGAGACAUUCCUCCGGAGGGACAGGCUGCACAACUCCCAGCCACAAUCAUGACUGCUCUCAGCUCCUUUGGUCUAGCCGUCCGGAUAGCCGUGAUCGCUGCAGUCUCAGCAAUAGAGGUAUAUACUUCAAAGGAGCUCCAGGUUCAGAAUGGGACAGAUACCCGCCUGAAGUGUACUUUCAGCACUUAUGCACCACUGGGCGAUGACGUGACUGUGGCCUGGACCUUCCAACCUCUUUCGGGGGGCAGUAGUGAGUCUGUCUUCUACUUCCAUAGGGAGCCCUUUCCUACUACUAGGGGCCGUUUCCAAAAUCGAGCAGUCUGGGAUGGGAACAUUAAACGCAACGAUGGAUCUAUAAUCAUCAGGAAUAUUCAGCAAACGGACAAUGGGACCUACUUUUGCCAGGUUAAGAAUCCACCAGAUGCUCAUGGAGAAACUGGAGAGAUUAUGGUGAGCGUUGUUGACCAAGUGAAGUUCUCAGAGAUCCUGCUGCUGGGGCUGGUCAUUGGCGUCGGCAGUGUGGUGAUAAUUCUCAUUGUUAUAAUCGUGGUAUUGAUUCGCUAUUAUCGCAAGCAGAGGACUCGCAGCACGGCCGUGUCGCUGAUGGAGUGUACAGAAAAGUUAAAUGACAAAUCGUGUGAUAAGACUGUGAAUGCAUGACUCCAGGAGAAGACAUCCCUAAGAAAUUCAGAUGCCUAUUCUUAACCUUGUCCUACUGCCUAUGAAAUCUGUGAUGACUGGCAAAUUAUCAAGUUGUUUACUCUUGAAGACAUCCUUUGAAUGUCCUGCUGCAUCUUCUGGAAUCUCAUCAUCCCCAGUUCAGCUGCAUUAUUAGCAUUGAUGGUGGUUAGCUAAGGGCCCAGAUAUGGUUUAGGGGCCACUUAUGUCAUCUGUGUUCCUCAGUAUAUUCUUGCCAAAAACAGAAAUUCAUCCUGGUGGACUGAAGAAGGAAAACAUUUCCAUGAGGACUUCCCUCAGUUUGGUUUUUGGCAAAAAUAUAUGGCACCCAGAUUACAAAUAUGGCUGUGUAGAUGAAUUAAUAUGUAGUUUACUAGAAUGGGGCAUUGCUUGUAUAUAAGUAGUUAGAGGCUAUGCUUGUACUGAAAAGGAAAUGUAAAAAAUGUUAGAUUUUAUGAACUCCAACAGAUUUAUAAAAAAAAACUGCACACAAGGCUUAGGUUGGGCCAUGUUAGACACCAUUGUCUUCUCUACGCCGUCUUAUGACUGGCAUGAUGUGUACAAAAAAAUGGUACAUGUCUUUAAUAUAUUUGGCACAUUUUAUGACGCCUCUUGGCGCCGCCAAAAACUGUUUCAAAAUGUGAAUGACACAUUUUGAAACCGUGUCAUUCAUAAAAAGUGUCAAACACAUAAUUCACUUUACACGUGCCAUGUUCUCUGUCAUACUUCCCCUCCCAUAAGGAGCUAUGUAUUUUUAAUGUCCAGUUGUGCGUUUUUUGUUUGUUCAAAUUUUAAUCAUUUCAUGGAUUUUACUAUUGUUUUGUUGUACAAAACUGCCCUCGGUAAUUCAUAUGGAAGGACGUUCUUAGUCUUUGCUUUUUAAGAUGAAAUAUAGUAAUUUAGUAAGUGUGUGCAAAGUAUUCACAGUGUUUAGAAGUGUGCUGUCGAUUCUAUCAGAACAGUCUGCCAUCUACGGGAAUUGCACAGACUCUACAGCAACAAAAUAGAAUUGUUAAUGAGAACUAUUUAGAAAAUUUGGUUAAUUUUGCAUUAAUGAACAACGAAGAAGAAGAAAAAAAUCAGCCAAAGGUGCCAUUGUGUUUAAGAAAGGACUGAUACUAAAGCUAGUCAUAGACUAAAUAUUUAAACCAGUAUUACCAUCUCAGACAAUGAUGGCAUAUCCACAGAAUAUCCGCUUGGCUGUUUCUGUAGACUGGCCACCUCUGCUGCCACAUCCAGAUGGUGGUGGUGGAGGGGUUUGCAGUUCUAGAGAUAGGAGUGGGUCCCAGAGGGAACUAUAACUUUCAGAUUUUUAUGGCAUAUUCUGUGGAUAUGCCAUUAAAGGGGUACUUCAGACUACAGAUACUGAUGACAUAUCUGGAGAAUAUGACCUCAAUAUCAGAUCUGUUGGGGUCCAACACCCGGCACUCCCGACAUCAGCUGUUGUGGCACCAGAAACUAUACAGUGUACAAAGCUGAAGGAAGACAUCUCUGCACACUGUGUAGUGGCCAUGUCGGGGUACUGUUUCUCAGCUUUCAUUCUAGUGAAUGGUAGCUAAGCUUUAGUAUGCCAGCACAGGAUACUACACAGUGUAUGGAGUCUAUUGCUUCUGCCAUGGCAGCUUAAAAAAGCUUAUUGGAGGGUGGCCAUGUGUCAGACCCGAACUGAUCUGAUAUUGAUGACCUCUUCUGAGGAUAGGUAGUCAAUAUCUGUAGCCUGGAGGACCCCUUAAAACUCUGAGAUAGGAAUACCCCCUUUAAGUGGCUGAUGUCAAACUCCAGUACGUAUUACUGGCUAAAACAGGGAUGGGCAAACUGCGGCUCUCCAGCUGUUGCAAAACUACAACUCCCAGUAUGCCUACAGCUAUCAGCGUACAGCAGGGCAUGAUGGGAUUUGUAGUUUUACAACAGCUGGAGAGCCACCGUUUGCUCAUCCCUCAGCUAAAACAACAGGAAAGGCAGAGCAGUGGCUGUGGGGGUAACUGCCUGCCUCCUGAUCACUGCUCCAUGUGUCGUUGUAUUAAAGAUACCUUUCCACAUUGGAACAACUUACACUGUAGGUUUUCUUAAGUAGUCCUUUAUAGGGUAAGCACAGUGUUACACUGAUGACCACUAGAAAAUGUCGUAGGGCCAGCAUUUUUAUCUUCACAUACAAGAGUAAAGCAUCUUCGUUGCUUUCUAGGAGUCUUGCAUGUAUUCUGCAUUACUUUCCAUGAAACUCUGUUUCGACAUUGUCCUAGGGCUGAACAUAAUCCGGUUCACUAGUUAAAUAUCUGAUGAACGAGUGUAUACGUUGAUAGUCUGUUUUCUAUAUUAUACAGAGGUCAUUGUAAAGAGUUUUUUCACUGCCUUUUAUAAACUGAUUAC